CGGCGGGGGCUGGGCGCUGGAGGCGGCCGCAUCGCUUGCGCUCGACGGGAGGCUGUUACACGACUCUGGGAAUCGGCGGCAUGGCCCGAGGUCUCUUUCUCCUCCUCGUGAUUGUCUCCGUUAUUGAAACACGGUGCAAAAAUUAUACUGAAGCUCCAAUACGUAUAAAGUACAAUAAAUCAAUUACAAGCAGGAUCAUGGCUAAGAGGGAAACUAAGUGUAACCUGGAUGAAUACAUGUUAGAUUCUCAGUGUUGCAAGAAAUGUGAACGUGGUUUUGUUAAAAAUACCAGCUGCCCAAAAGAUAUUAGCAAACACUGUGUUCGGUGUGAAAAUGGAAAGGAGUACACAGAUCAUGCCAAUGAUUUCAGCAAGUGCUUAAGAUGCAAAUUAUGUGACAGCGAAUUUGGGUUGGAGGUUGCGAGGAACUGUACCCCAGUACAGAACACAGAAUGCACCUGUGCAAAGAACCAUUUCUGCAAUUCUUCUGUACCGUGUAUGCAUUGUGACCGAUGUACCACAUGUGAAGGUGGCAUAAUUAAACAACAGUGUACUUCAACUUCAGACACUGUGUGUGGAACGAGAGAAACAGAACUUCCAGGAUGGGCCAUUCCUUUGAUAGUGCUGUCAAUUUUGAUAAUGGUAGCCGUGCUAACAUACUGUCUUAUGAGAAAACAAAAAUGUUUUACUAGCAAGGAGAACCCAGGUGAAGUGGUCUUCAAACCAAAGUCACCUUUUGAGAAUGUACCUCUCAUAUACCCAGAUAUUGACCUGAGCAGCCAUAUUCCUGGUAUUGUGGGGGAGAUGAAACUCCAAGAUGUCAAGACAUUUGUUCGUAAUCACAAUGUAGAAGAACCUGUGAUAGAUCAAAUUCUUCAUGAUUAUUGUAGUGAUACAUCUGAACAGAAGAUUAAGUUGUUUCAAGUCUGGUAUCAAAGACACGGGAUAAAAGGCGCCUAUGGAACCUUAAUAAGCAGCCUGAGAGAGUUUAAAAUGUGCACUGAAGCUGAUAAAAUUGAGGAAAAACUGAAGCCAGCUGUUUCCAGCUCUCAGAAAAUGGAAGAGUCUUGUAACGAUGACACUGAGCACAGCAAAACCUGCAAUCAGGAAGGCAGAAGCUCUUACAAUGAGAGUGUUGAGCUAAGUCCGUCCUGUUCUAGUACUUUGGAAAAGACAUAACAGAGUCAUUUGAAAAUUGUUUUCUGACCAACUUAGCAUUUUUCUAAUAACGAAAGUUUUAAGUGCCAUUUUCGUUGGCAGCUCUGAUUCAAGAAAGCCAUAAUAUGAACAAGGAAUAACUAUUACUUUCAUAGCAAUACUUUUUAAAAAAGUUUUAGCUUUUUUGUUGUUGUUAAGAUCUUGGAAGAGAAGUUUUAUGGUGCAAUAUAAGAGUCCAGCUACAGGAUUCACUAGAAGAAAGAAGUUCUUAUUUAGUCUAAACGCAUGGUCCUGCAUUACUUAAUCAAUGUAAUUAUUUGCUCAGAUUAAAAUUGAGGGAUGUUGGUUUUUUUCAAAGUGAAAACUCUUGUGUUAAGAGUCUAUGAAAGGUCCUUGAACAGAAGUACAUUCUGUGAAGAAUACUUGAACAACAAUAAUUACAUAAUAUAGACCAGAUUAAUUUUUAAUAUAGGUGGUGUUAGGUAAUGAAAUUGGGCUCUGUUGUGAAUGGGAUUGCUCCUUUGUCUAAAAGCACCUCUGUGUGGGAGUAUACAGUUUUGUACAUGUGUGUGUAUAUUUAUAUGUGUGUGUAUAUACAAGCAAGUUUUCUAUGCAAAAGCUUGCAGGGCUGAGUAAUGUUAUCUGCAAUGAUUGCAAACCUUUCUAAUGUUAAAACCCUUCAAAGAAGCAGGAGCUGAAGCAGCACCGCAGAACCAUGGCUUUUGAAAGGCAACCUGCAGAAGCUAUGAAGUCAUCAUUAGCAAGUGUGCAACACUAGCUUCUCUGAUGCAGGAAUUGAUAGGGAGAAAACAUCAUUGUCAUUAAAAAAAAAUCUACAUA